AUGAUUCUCUUCGAUAAGGAAACUUUCAACAAGAUCAACAAGGAAUUGCCAGGUGCUAAGGUCAUCACCAUCGCCUCAGUUUCUGACAAGUACAAGUGCAACGGUUCAUUGGCCCGUCGUGUCAUCAGAGAUUUUGCUGCUAAGGGACAAAUCAAGAAGGUCAUCUACGGUCACGGUUCUGGUAUCUUCACCAAGACUGCUUAA